AUGGUCUCUAACAACGGUUCCGGUGCGCCACCAGCGACGCUUUCUCUAGGAGGUAUCUUUCUGGAUAUUUAUGGCCUGGAUCAAGUGAACAACGCGUCCAAGAUCACUUGCCUCUGGUUACUCCAUCCCAGGACUUAUUCACGGACGGUGAUGGGAAGCUUUGCUUGGCAGAUCAUCAACGUUGCGAAAGAGCGGAUAGCUGAGCCAAAACACGCUGUAAUCGCGCUAGCUUUUGACCUGCCAAACCACGGAAGCCGUUUAAUUGACCGAGCAGCUACCCUUGAGUGGUCAAGUGGCAACAGAAACCAUGCGAUAGAUCUUUUGGGAACGGUCCUGCGCGGUAGGAAGGAUUUGUCUGCCUUGAUUUCUUGUUUUGAAGAGCUCUAUGGCCGCGAUCGAAUCCAACAACAUCUUGUCUUGGGCUGGAGCUUGGGAGGGCACAUUGCUUGGCAAGCAUGGCUCUGGGAUCAGAGAAUUGCCGCCGCAGUAGUUGUCGUCGGCUGCCCAGAUCUGCCAGGGCUACUGAACUAUCGAGCGCAAAGAUCAAAGCUCCCGCUGAACGGUCCUUUUUUCGGCAGCGUCUACUUUCCCGACGACCUGGUGGAGAAAUGUCUCCAGCGCGACCCAAAAACCUUUGUAUUCGGGACGGCAAGUGCUAAGCCCCUUCGAAUCUUGCCCACGGAUGAGAGCGAGAUGAAAAGUGUUUUUGACGAGACAAUUAGGGGGAAAUCGCUUCUCGUUUGCUCAGGUCAGGACGAUGAACUUGUGCCGUACGCCAACACCCAGCCCUUCUUGGAAUUUCUUCAAAGCUCCAUCAGAGAGGAUGGCUGGUACGCCGAUGGCAAGGUCAGAAUAGAGGAUAGGACUUACAAAGGAGUCGGCCAUGAAUUUAGUCCGGAAAUGGUUCGGGACUGUACAAACUGGAUCAUGGACAUUGUGCUGUCGCCUAGAAAUCCUCGCCAAAAAACCGAGUUCCACUAA